AUGGAAAAUUCAAUUUCAAAAAUACCAAAUGAUCUUCCUGCUGCACGAAAGCAGUAUCAAGAAUUGUUAGAAUAUGAGCGAAAGUUAAAUAAACUUUUCAGAAUGCUUGAUAGAUUUUUAAAGGAGGGUAAACGAGGAGACUUAACGGAUGAAUAUUUAGCAGAUCAAAGGAAAAGGGCCGAAAAGACAAGAAGAAAUAUGCUUGCAGAUAGGAAAGCUUUGGAAGAAAAGUUCAAAGAACUUCAACAGGAUACAAUACAACAAAGUAAGAUGGCAUAAAAUUCAAAAUAGACUGGGGGAUUGUAAAAGCGUACAAAUAGUUUAUAUAUAUAUAUAUAUAUAUAUAUAUAUAUAUAUAUAUAUAUAUAUAUUCAAUAAGUAGUAUUUAUCGUGUACAGGCUGAAGUCUUCGGUAAACAUUGCAUGCAUCAUUAGUUUAAUUUUUAAAAAUGUUCACGAAAUAAAGUAAACACACCAUUUAUUUAUGUAGUAUAACUGGACAAUGCAUGGGAAUAAAAAUUAUUGGGUAUAAGUAAUUGUUAAUUUGUUAUGUACAGGUGUAUGUACCACAAUAUCACAGUACCACAGAAUACCAGUUUUUUAUUUCUCUUAUAAAAUUUGAAGGAAACAUACUAUAUACUUUAUUUUUGUGAAUAUAUAUUAGCCUUAGUCUCAAUGAUCAUAUAAAAACGAAAAAUGGAUAUUUUCAUAAAACUCUUAAAAAUAAUCGGGAUAAACAACAAAUAAAAUUCCUUAUUUUUGGUACUUUUUUCUGCUUAAAUUAAUGCUCGUAAAUCAGAAAGUUUGAAAAUAAGUUUGGAAACCAUGAACAUGAUUUACAUUCACCAACAGUUUUUCUAAGCGAUACAACAUUUUUACUAUUCAGGAAUCUCACGAGUAAUCAAAUUUCAGUACUAUAAAAAACUCAAUUUUUCCAAAAUUAUUCGUAAACCUAAUAUACUGUGGUACAUACCACCGGUAUUCAGUAGUGAUUUUAGUAUUUACCUUCCACUAAAUUAAGUGUUAGCAAUAUCUGUACAGUGUUACCACACAAUAUGACACACCAAAUCCUCGUACAAUUCGAUAAACCGUUCCUUACUUAUUGCUGCACUAGUAUUCUGUGGUACAUUAGGAUUUUAUCCACAGAAUAUCCGAUUUAAAAAAUAAUAGAAUCUGUCAAAAAGAAAAAAAUAGGAAGAAAAAAAUAAUGCAAAACUAUUACUAAAAAAUAUUUAACAGGCUAUGUUAUAUGCAUUUGACAAAAGAUAUGGAAUGUGUAAAGACUGUAAAUUUGUGUGGUAUUCUGUGGUACAUACACUUGUAUAAAGGAAUAUGAUUGGUCCAGUUUUUCCUAUCAGGACUGUUCUCAAACUCAAGGGGAUAAAAUAAAAAACGAAAUUGCAUCAAGAAAUUAAAGAGCUUGCCUUUAUUGCAGGUGAGAGUCAAUAUUUUGCCAGCAUCUAUAAAGUGUGUAGUGACUUUUUAUGAUUCUAAUAUUGAACCUUGUCACCAAAUUCGCAGAUUUAAUAGAAUCAACGACUAUUGUUUCCAUAUGACUAUUGUUUCCAUAACCACACUAUUAACCAGAACUGACACAAUAUUUUUACGCCUUAAACUAUGGAGCGGUAUUCGGUUAAAAAUAUCAGCAGACUUGUUUACAGGUCGAUGCGAUCAUCGUUCGUUGUGUCUCCUUAUUGCAUUAGUAUGCCUUAAGACAAUGCGUUCUGCCAGCUAGCUAUUAAACAACUGUCUGAAUGCAAUACGUCAACCUCGUACCCAGGGUCUUUCCUCUUGGGAAGAAAAGACCCUGGUCACGUGAUCUGAUAAAAUCUAGCAGAUUUCUAAUUACCUAUCUUGGAUUUCUUUAUGACAAUCAUACAAAAUGCAAAUUACACAUUAAACUAGAAAAAUUAUCCAAAUAUAUCAAAUAUUUAUUGACCUCAUCUUGGAUCAGCGUCCACCAGGGUCUUUUCUCCCCUCGCCAAGAGGAAAGACCCUAUUAAAGUACGAGGUUGGCAAUAAGUUUCGGCUAAACAAAUUAUUUUCUACCUGAUCGAAAUACGUUUCGUCCGAAAGUACUGUGUUAAGUGCAUGAAAAACUGAUACACUUGGGUAAGUAUCAUAUCACGUGUGACUCGCGGCUGAAAAUCAGAUGAGGUACACACGAGGACAUGAUAGGAUAACGGACUGACACCGGGGUGAGUGUAUUAAGAGUUCGCCACACGGUUCUCACUACCACCACAAGUACACAAAAAUCACCGGGAAAAUGGCGGACGAGAGGCAAGCAAUAGAAGGAAGAAGUUGUUUCGCUGACCUCAGAAUGACAAUUCGUCGGAAUAUUUUUCCUCAAGAUUGGUUUAGAAACAAACUUGGAGUCAGGGGUUAGGUUAGAGUUGGUGUUUGGAAUUAGCCUUUCUCACGCCGCCAUUUUUGGGACAUAACAGCGACUUUUUAUAAUUUUUUGGACGAAUGAUGGUAAAUUUGCUUUGUAAAUGGUUAGUUUAUUUUGAAAAAUUGCUUUUCACAUUGUUUUAAUUGUCUGAUAAUGAAAAUUUGAUGCCACCCAAAAAUGGCGGAUAUUCGUCAUCGUGAGAAAGGCUAAUAGGGUUAGUGUUAGUAAAACCGUUGCUUUGUCACGUUUUGUCACUCUGAGGCCAGCGAAAUAACCUCUUCCGCAAUUGAGAAAGUGGUCGGUUGACGCCAUGCCAAUCUUUCUGUUUCGCCCGCUAACUAAAUUCACUGGCCUCAAUGUGUUAUGUGUCAGUCCGUUAUCCCAUCAUAUCCUCGUGUGUACCUCAUCCGAUUUUCAGCCGCAACGUCGUGUUAUUUUUUACCCUUUCACCGCGUGUCAAACGUCAUUUUGACUAUUUACAUGAUACUUACCCAAGUGUAUAAGGGACCGCUCAUUAUUUAUUGUACGGGGGAUUGAGGAGAAACUGAGGGGGCCUUUAAUUUUUUUUAAACCUGAAAGGAGGAUUUGGAAAAUACAGAGAGACGAAAGAAGGGGGGGGGGGGCUUUGAAAAGAUCCUCAGUCCCCCCUGUACAAUAAAUAAUGAGCGGUCCCUAAGUUUUGAUCAUGCACAGUUUCGGGCGAAACGUAUUUCGAUCAGGUAGAACGAACAUAAUUUGUUUAGCCGAAACGUAUUGCUUUCAGACAGAUGUUAAACAAGCAGGACGCAUUGUCUUAACGACUUAAGGCAUACACUAAUGCAAUAAGGAGACACAACGAAUUCUGAAUGAUCGCAUCGACCUGUAAACAAGUCGGCUGAUAUUUUUGAACCGAAUACCGCUCCAUAUUAAAUAUGGUUUCUUUGCCGAUUGUCAUUGACUCAUUAUGAUUUUAUUCAUAAAAAGUCUGUUUUUCAGAAAAUGUAUUUAACUAAAAUCUCCAUUUUUCAAGCUAUUAUUAUCGUGAAACACGAAUUAGAAAAUUUAAAACCGCGGCAUCUUCACUGUCCAAUCAGUAGAAAAGCGUUGAUUGUGUCGAAACACAUUCGCCGCCAUUCGGGAUAGCUAACAAAAACCUGUUCUUUUCGAAGCGACACUGAAUUUUUCCAACUCCGAAGCCUUUCAUUCUUACGCUAUCCUGAUAUACCAUGUAUUUGAAAAACGCAUAUACUGUUUUUACUGAAAAACUAUAUUUUUUGUCUGUUUCUUGCCAGUUUUCGUGUUUUCUUUCAACUUUCCAAUUUUUGUUAGGCUCAUUUCGAUUACACAACAGCACACACCACCACUGAUCUCAAGUUAAUUCUCAACACUGCAUGGAAAUUUGGUAAAUUUAAUUUAACCUCCCCUCCCGGUUAUAUACAAGAUCUUGUAAAUAACAUGUAAUACUAUCUAUUUAAAUUGCAAAGGUUCGGACCAGUAGAAGAUUAUUAUAACCAAACUCGCGUACUUCUUAAAUACCUUAACCUUCUCAAUUAGUGAUGAAGUUUUCAGAGUUGAUUCUAAAGGCUGUUUAUUGCUUUACGUUACAUAGGUGAAAGAAAUAAGAAUGGUGACUUAGCACAGAAAAUCCCAACGGCAAAUAUCACAUCAUUCCCAGUGGUAUCAUUCCCCAAAGACUUUGACAAAGUUAAACUGGUUCGAAUUGCUCCCAUGCCGAAAGUAGUACGAAUCGAGAAUGUUUCAUUAAUGGAAACACAAGAACUGCAGCCAUUUAAGCCGACAGUAAAAAGAGUUCUUAUAAUUAGUUGUGGAAUCCACGAAUGUAUUCAGGCUAUGAGUCGUGGAAAUGAAGGGAAGUAUUCCUUACAUGUGUCGAGCAAGACCGGGGCUCCACGUGUAAGUCUGAAUCUCUCUAUCUCGAUGGCCAGAAGUCUGAAUCUUCCAUGUGCUUUCACAACUACUCGCCAACGAAUGAUGUUAACAUCAACAGCAUCAAAUAUACAGCAAUCACGUGCACUAGAAGAGCUGAUGCUCUUAGAGCGAGGACCUGGGACUCCACUGGUGGUGUUACAAUCGUUCGCAACGAGGUGGACACUGCCACCCUCAUAA